UACGAUUCAAAUAGCAUGUUCUUUCUAACCUUAUGUAAAAUAAUAGUUAGUACGUAAAACAUCAUACAUUUUCAAAUUUUAUACGUCAAUUUAUAUUAUUGAAUUUAUAUUUGAUAUAGCCCCCAAUAAUUUUUCGUUAUAUUUAUAAAACAUUUGAUAAGAUUAUUUUAUUUCGAUAAGAUAACAGUGUUAUAAUUCAAAUGUAUGGUACAAAUUGACUGAUAUUCGUGUCACAAAUACAUAUAUUGUAUAUUAUAUAUUAAUAAAAGACAAACAUCAAUAUGGCCCAAAGAAAUGGUAUAAUUAAAUUAGCUAAACUACGAGAAUUAAUGAAAGCUGUUCAAAUAGGUGGACUUAAAGAGAAAGGUAUUCAGGCUUUAAUUGUAAGUUCAGAUGAUGCUCAUCAAUCAGAAUAUUUAAGAGAGCAUGAUAAAAGAAUUUGUUUCAUAAGUGGUUUCACUGGUUCUUUUGGUACUGCAAUUAUUACACAAAACAAAGCUUUACUCUGGACUGAUGGAAGAUACUAUAUGCAAGCUUUAGCUGAAUUUGAUCCGCCAGAAGAAUGGACUUUAAUGAAAGAAGGUUUAUUGGACACUCCAACUAGAGCUGCUUGGUUGACUUGUAAUUUACCUCCUAAAUCUACUGUUGGUGCAGAUUCUAAUUUAAUAAGUUACACAGAAUGGGUAGUUUUACAUACUAGUUUAACUGCUGCUGGUCAUUGCUUGAUGCCUCUUGAGGAGAAUCUUAUUGAUAAAGUUUGGGGUGAUGAACAACCUGUUCCUACAGCUAAUAUUAUUGUACCUCAACCAUUACAAUUUUCUGGGUGUACAGCAGGGAAAAAAGUGAAAUUAUGCAGGGAAGUAAUGAGCAAAAAUAAAGUAAAAGCACUUGUAAUCACAGCUCUAGAUGAAAUAGCAUACAUUUUAAAUUUAAGAGGAUCUGAUAUACCUUAUAAUCCUGUCUUCUUUGCAUAUAUCAUUCUUACAUUAGAUCAUUUACAUUUAUUUAUUGAUAUAAACAAACUUACAGAAGAAGCUCGACAACAAUUGAUUAUUGAAGAAGUAAAUUUAAUUUAUCAUCCAUAUGAAGAUAUACAUAAUUAUUUAAAAAAAAUUGCGAAUUUGUGCAUAAAUGAUGAUAAAAUAUGGCUAAGUAAUAGUUCUAGUUAUGCUUUACAUGCUGAUUGUGGAGAAGCAAAGAAACAUAUAAAAAUUACUCCAAUAAGCGUCAUGAAGGCAGUAAAAAAUAAUACUGAAAUAGCGGGAAUGAAAGCGGCACAUAUACGAGAUUCAGUUGCGCUUAUAAAAUAUUUUGCAUGGUUAGAAGAUCAAAUUAAAAAUAAAAAGAAUACUGUCACAGAAAUAUCUGGAGCAACUCAACUUGAAAAAUUUAGACAAGAACAAGAACAUUUUAUUGGGCUCAGCUUUCCUACAAUAUCUUCAGUUGGACCACAUGCAGCAAUAAUUCAUUAUCUACCAACAUUGAAAACAGAUGUACCAAUUACAGAUAAAGAAAUUUAUCUUUGUGAUUCUGGAGCACAAUAUCAAGAUGGUACCACAGAUGUUACAAGAACAUUACAUUUUGGUAAUCCAACAAAUUUUGAGCGUGAAUGUUUCACAAGAGUAUUUAAGGGACAGUGUCGUCUUUCGUCGACAAUCUUUCCUUUAAUGAUACAAGGAAAUUAUCUUGAUACACUUGCUCGGGAAAAUUUAUGGAAUGUUGGUCUCAAUUAUCUUCAUGGUACAGGACAUGGAAUAGGUUCAUAUCUAAAUGUUCAUGAAGGACCAAUCAGUAUUUCUUGGAGACCAUAUCCUGAUGAUCCAGGUUUACAACCUGGCAUGUUUCUUUCAAAUGAACCAGGAUAUUAUGAAGAUGAAAAAUUUGGCAUUAGAUUGGAAAAUAUAGAAUUGAUAGUAAAGGCAAAUACACAUUAUAAUCAUAAGAAUCGUGGUUUUCUUACUUUUGAAACAGUUACAUUGGUGCCUAUUCAAACUAAACUACUUGAUGUUUCCUUAUUAACGGAUGUUGAGAUUCAAUAUUUGAAUAAUUAUCAUGCAAAAUGUUUGAAUACUAUAAAACCUCUAUUGCAAGGACCAGAAAAUGUUCAAGCACUUGAAUGGUUAGAAAGAGAAACGCGACCUCUCACAAAAUAAUUGCUAAUUCAUAAGAAUAAAUUCCAUAAAAUUACAUUUCUUAUCAUUUUACAAUUACGAUGCACAAUAAAUUUUUUAUGAUUA